AUGCGGUCUCAGCUUCUUCGCGCCGCAGGGCGCACAAGAUCUUCGCUGACGACAACAAGGCAGGCGGCCACCAGGCCCUUUACCUCCUCCGCCAGACGAAAUGCCGAAGUCGAACUCACUAUCGAUGGCAAGAAGGUGUCGAUAGAGGCUGGUUCGGCCCUGAUCCAAGCUUGUGAAAAGGCAGGCGUGACAAUUCCGCGAUACUGUUACCAUGAGAAACUCCUCAUUGCCGGAAACUGUCGUAUGUGUCUAGUCGAAGUCGAACGAGUCCCCAAACCUGUCGCGUCCUGCGCAUGGCCCGUCCAACCGGGCAUGGUUGUCAAGACCGAUUCACCAAUGACUCACAAAGCAAGAGAAGGCAUCAUGGAGUUCCUGUUGGCCAACCACCCGUUAGAUUGCCCAAUCUGCGACCAAGGCGGCCAAUGCGACUUACAAGAUCAAUCGAUGAGGUAUGGCGCCGAUCGUGGCCGUUUCCACGAAGUCACCGGCAAACGUGCCGUCGAAGACAAGAACAUUGGACCUUUGAUCAAAACCUCGAUGAAUAGAUGUAUUCACUGUACGAGGUGUAUUCGGUUUGCCAAUGAGAUUGCCGGUGCACCAGAGUUGGGUUCGACCGGCAGAGGCAAUGGAAUGGAAAUCGGCACGUAUUUGGAAAGGAACCUCGACACUGAACUCUCGGGGAACGUGGCUGACCUCUGCCCCGUUGGUGCUCUCCUGCCGAAACCGGGAGCUUUCAGCUAUCGACCUUGGGAACUUACCAAAUUUGAAUCAAUCGACGUGCUGAACGCCAUGGGCUCAAACAUCCGAGUGGACGCCAGAGGUAUGGAAGUCAAGAGAAUCCUACCCAGACUGAACGAUGAUAUCAAUGAAGAAUGGAUCGAUGACAAGACCCGCUUUGCUCUUGACGGGCUGAAGACUCAGAGAUUAACAACGCCGUUGGUCCGAAGAGAUGAUAAAUUCCUUCCUGCCACAUGGGAACAAGCUCUAACAGAGAUCGCCAACGCAUACGCCAGGAUCAAGCCCGGCGAGAACGAAUUUAAAGCCAUUGCCGGUCACUUGAUCGAAACGGAAUCCCUGGUCGCCAUGAAAGAUUUGGCGAAUAGACUGAACUCUGACAAUCUCGCUCUUGACCAGCCAGGAGGCGGCUCACCAAUCGCCCACGGCGUUGACAUCCGAGGAAACUACCUCUUCAACUCCAGGAUCUGGGGUAUCGAAGAGGCCACCCACAUGCUCAUCAUCGGAAGCAAUCCUCGUUGGGAGGCGGCUGUGCUCAACGCCCGUAUUCGGAAACAAUGGCUGCGGUCCCCCCUUGAAAUCGGAUACAUCGGCGAACCAUUUGAGAGCACGUUCGAAUUCGAACACUUGGGCACCGAUGCCGCAGCUGUAAAGAAGGCACUUUCUGGUGACUUUGGCAAGAAAUUGGCGGAGGCCAAGAGGCCCAUGAUCAUUGUUGGCAGCGCAGUCGCCGAGCACCCGGAUGCAGCAGCAAUUUUCGAAUCAGUGGGCUCCUUCGUGGACAAGCACCAGGCCAACUUUAACACCGCCGAAUGGCAAGGAUACAAUGUCCUUCAGCGAGCAGCCUCCAGAGCAGGAGCUUAUGAAGUCGGCUUCACUGUUCCCUCCCAGAAAGUUGCAGAGACAAAGCCCAAGAUGGUCUGGCUGUUGGGUGCAGAUGAGGUAUCCGAGGCCGACAUCCCCAAGGAGGCAUUCGUGAUUUACCAGGGUCAUCAUGGCGAGACUGGUGCACAGCUCGCCGAUGUCAUUCUUCCUGGUUGCGCGUACACUGAGAAAUCUGGCACUUAUGUAAACACUGAGGGUCGCGUACAACUCACUCGCUCUGCGGUCACUAUACCUGGAGCGGCGAGGACGGACUGGAAGAUCAUCCGGGCGGCUUCCGAAUUCCUGGGUGUCCCGCUUCCGUACGACGAUUUGGAGGUGUUGAGAGAUCGUCUUGAAGAGAUUUCGCCGGCGCUCAGGAGGUACGAUACCCUUGAGCCGCAAACGUUGACUGGCUUAAGUAAAGUGCAACUGGCGGAUGCGAACAAGGGCUCCAAAGCCACCGGACAGAAGCUGGAAUUGCCCAUCAAAGACUUCUACCAGACUGACGUGAUUUCGAGAAGUUCACCAACAAUGGCUCGCUGUAGUGCGGCCAAGAAGACGGGCAACUCUGAGACCAAUUUCAUGGCCCCAGGCGAGCCAAACGAACAGAUAUCGUAUGGUUAA